UGACAAUACACGGUGGACAGUAGCCCGAUUUUAAACUAAUUUUUUUUAUUUAUAAGUAACGAAACAUUAUAAAAAAAAUUGUUCCCUAAACAAAAACAGUUUUAAGUAACAAGUUUAAAGAGUAUUUUUUAAUUGUGAUAUUCGAAAUUUUUGUUUAUAAAAUGACGUUCGUGGCUCCAGAUAACCUCUCCAAGAAAAGCACAUACGAAGAUGCCUUGAACCUUACAGGCUUCGGCAAAUACAAUGCUGGUAUGCUAAUAGCUUGCUGCCUGCUCAUCCUCUCUAUGAACCUGGACAUGUUUGGAUUCUCCGUGGUCCUACCAGCCAUGGCUUGUGACAUGUCACUUGAUACCUCACAACAAGGUCUACUAUCUGCUAUACCUUUAAUAGGUAUGAUUGUAUCAUCUUAUGGUUGGGGAUUGUGCUCCGACACACAAGGUCGGAGGAAAACGUUGCUCAUAGCAAUGCCAGUUGCAUUAAUUCUCAGCCUUGCAACUACCAUGGCGCCUACCUUCGCGCUAAUAGCAAUUUUCAAAUUUUUAUCUGUUUCAUUCUCAGCGGCAGCUAACGCAGCUGCCUUUGUCCUAUUAGCUGAGAGCGUACCAAGCAGACAUCGCAGCCGAUUUGUAUUUCUCAUGGCUAGCGCUACGAUGGUGGAGCAACUCCUUAUUUGCUCUUUCGCUUUACCAAUAUUUACGCUGACUUUCGGCUACGAGAUCUCCUGGCUAGGCUUGGUGUACACUCCAUGGCGAAUGCUGUUGCAAAUCGUCUGUGUGCCCUGUGCGCUGGGAACCAUAUUAAUGAUAUUCCUGCAAGAGAGCCCCAAGUAUCUACUCAGUAGAGGCAAAGAUGGGGAGGCCUUAGAAGUUUUGAAAACUAUUUACAAAUACAACUCUGGCGAAAAUAAGGAAGAUUAUCCUGUUAAGUACGUCUAUCUCAAUGAAACCACAGCGGACAAUUCUGCUGGAAUUCCCCUAUUGAAAAAGAUCUGGAACCAAACUGCGCCACUUUUCAAGCCUCCUCUAUUGAAAAACUCUGCCAUACUUUUCUAUUUACUGCUCUCUGCAUUUACUACAUCAACUGGUUUUACCAUGUGGGUGCCGACUAUGACCAACGCUUAUUUCACUGGCGAUGAAAGCCACCACGGUCGCACCUUCUGCGAAGUCGCUAGUCAAAGUGCGACAACUGGAUCCGGUAACGGCACUGAAAUAGAAGACUGUUCCAAUAGUAUCCAAACCGGAGCCCUUUACGCUACAAUGGUGUACUCUGGAGUUUCAACAAUGUUGAUGAUCACUCUCUCUUUCAUCGUGGGCGCUGUUGGCAAGAAAAUUAUCACGCUCGCCAUCUUCGUCAUGUCAUUUACCGCUGGAACUCUACUGCUAUUCGUCAAAGUUCCAAUGCUGAGCAUUGCAUUGUUCUUCAUGUUCUUGUACGUUGCUCAAGUCUUGGGAAAUAUUAACACGUAUUUGGUCGAGCUAAACCCUACACAUUUGAGGAGUAUGGCGACGUGUCUGUCGGUAGUCAUAGCUCGUGGUUCAGGAUUUUUCAGCGUGCAAAUCAUCGCCAGUCUACUUGGGGAAUAUUGCACGCCAAUGAUAAGCGGAUAUAUUGUCUUAGUCAUGUCUGGAUUUGUUGUUGCAACCUUUUUACCAUCGGAGUCCAAGUUGAAAAGUAUAAGCCAAGGAGAACUAAGCCGUACAGCAGAUGUUGAAAGCCCUAAAGAUUAAGAUAAUUAGUUUAUUAAAUAAGUAGGUAAUGUUUGUUUAUCCAUUCCCGACACGAUGGGGAUCAGUAUAGAGGCUAAUUUUCAAUGAAUGUUAUAACAUUCUUGAUUUGACUCAUUAUCGGACCGUUUUAGGCUUCCGAACACGUAUUUGUAUGGUAAUUUAGAAUGUUCAAACUAUAAUUAGUGCGCUCUACGUGGCAUCACAGCGUGGUCAAGAUUGGAUGUUUUGUUUACAAAUAAAACAGUCUGAAUUGAUUGUAUUGAUAAACGAUUGUACAGUGAUAGAAUAAUUUUAAGAUUUUGUGAAGAGAGUUGACGAUAUUGUAAA